AUGAAUCGUCUCGAGUUCGCCCAUCUCUUAUCCCAGACGCAGUCAAUGAUGGCUCCAUCCCGGGCUCCGGCAGCUGCGCACCUCUCCCACGACUCGUGUCCCAAUCCCUCAGAAACGACGUCUUCUGCUUCGCUAUCACCUCGACAGAGGUUCCAAGCACAUGUACGGACGUUGAGUGAUCAGACCGCAUCUCCUCCUCGAAGCGCGUCCGCGAGCCCCAAAAGAUCAUCAGAGCUGCAACAUGUUUCCAGUUUACGUGUCUCGUAUCGCGAAAGUCCCUCCCCAAGAAGUAAUUCUCGGUCGAGUCCAACGUGGGAAAAUAGAGACCCGAUAUUGAAGACGUUCAACAACACCCACAAUGAGCCAUACUUUAUCAAGGAAGAGCGGGAGGCAUGGAGUAGACCAUCACCUUCCAGGGCAACUAUACCCUUGACAGACGAUGUCUUCCUUUUACAACCGCCCAAUUCACAGAGCCCGAUUUUGCAACCUAGCAAACAACUGAGGGAACUGCGUCCAUUUGCUCCCCUGGCUGGUUCGGUGGAUGUGAACGAGAGACCCAAAACUAGUCGAGGGCCAACAUUUGAUCCCUCGCACUUGACAAUCGAAAAUGCCAAUUCCGGCUUUGGACAUGAAGAUGAACCUACACGACCGUCAAAGUUUGCAGAGGGGAGUAUGAAUGCCCGGUCUGCUGGAGUGUCUUCUACAUGGCACGAGAAUAGUUCAAUCACCAGUUGCUCUGAAAUUGAAUCAGGGGAUGACUCUACCCCACGGGCGUCACCACAGCGACCCUCUAUCGAUUUGAACGAGUUCAAACCAGAAACCGCGAUUGCCCCGACCCUCAAGCAACGUCUUUUCAAGUUUGGAGCCAAGGCCAAGCCAAAAGAGAACACAACUAGGGACGAAGCAGAACCAACGGCAAAGAAAAAGAAUGGCCUGAGGAAAAGCAUGUCGCUCUGGAACCUCCAUGGUGACAAGAAGAAGACAACAGACGGGUCAGGAAGUCCCGAAAAGAAAUCUACGGCAUCAAACCACGGCAACGACCUUGAGGUCCUCAAUGAUCGAAAGAGACGCGCAGAGGAAGCAUACGCUCAACAGUUUGGCAUGAAGAGGAGGAAGUCCAACGUGGGCCUAGCAACAGCAACAACUGGCGAUGAAAUUUCACAAGAGAUGUUAGCCGCGACUCGCAACCAAACGCAAGGCAAGCCAACAUCAAACCAUAGCAGAAUUCUCAGUCAAUCUCCAUCGAAAUUGAACGCCUCUGACUCUGAGUGGUCUGAUGGGCAUAGAGAUCUCGAUCAUCAUAAACGACCAACUCGUCGGGAACUGGAGAAGGAGAAUCAACAACUUCGAGCUUUAUUGAGACAGAGGCAGCAAGAGAAGACUCCCCAGCCAACAACAUCGGCUUCCCUGCAGCAUCCCCUGACUCCCGGAGCAGUCCACGAGGAUGACAGCUCCACUCCCAAAGCCUCCGCAAAGAAACAGAGCCGGAAACAGUCUGGAACAGCAGUUCCACCUGUCCCAUCAUUGCCGGAGCGUGCAGCAUUGAAGACAUUGAGCAACACCACAAAUCAGGACCACGCUAAGAACAGGGGAAAUGGCAAUUCGGGUGUAAUGUCAACUUCAGGUACCAAUGACCAGUCAAAGCACAGUGUACAGAAGCAGCGCCGACGUCCGUCCGUGGUCCGGGGAGAGGGGUUUUCGCAUCCAUUCUCUGCCAUUCUCGAAGAAGACGAGGAAACCGGGACAGUACAGGCACGGAAAGAGAACCAACGCCCGACGAAUGAUAUGGCUACCCCAAAAUUAGCAUCAGAGAUGAAGCCCGGGAAUGAAGCUGUGGGCAUUAAGGGGAUGAAGAUCAAUCACGUUGCAACGAUGCAGAUGCAGGUUAUGCAAAAAGAGAACUGGGAAUGGCCUGACGACGUUUUCUAG